AUGCCUUCUCAAAACUCAGAUGUCAGAGCUCUACUGAUAAUCCUCAUUCUUCUAUGGGUAUUUUUCUCCCCGGACGGUAGCGAUCCCGCCAGUUUGACGCCGCCUGAACUCUCCCACAAGCGUCAAGCUCGAUUCCAGGGUGCGCUCGACGUCCUGGACACCACACGAUGGGGUGAUUUCGCUCCCGAUGCGCCGCUCUCCUCGUUACCGCCGCCUCCUACCGAAACCGACAGGCCGGAUGCCGAUCGAGAACAGGGCCCUCGGUUUAUAAACAUCACGGGGUUCAGCCAGCUCGAUGGGCAAGGGUACGCGUGGGAAGACCUCGGUCGGUUCCGGAACCGCUGUCGCGAAUGGAGCCGGAACGCCUUCCCCUCGGCCUCCGCUAGCCGGUUGUAUGAUGACGACAGCUGGGAGCGCAAUAUCGGCAGCGGCACAUGGAACAACGCUACGGGCACUCUCCAUGGCACUUGGGUGCGACGACCGGGAACCGUCGCCAGGCAAGCCGCGGGAUACAACCUCAGUACAAUUGCCCCAGGGGCAACUUGGCCUAGUGGUCUUGGUGAAUGGGGGAGAAACAUUACGGGCGACCAUGGCAAGGUCGAGUUGCGGAUAGACGAGGAUGAGGGAGGUGGUGUUUACGAAGAGAAGGUUGACGGCAACACUUCUAGGGGGGCUAGUUUGGCGAGGGAGAUCCAGGCCGUGGCUACCAUCCAGGACGACGCGAGCGAGGCUAGCAGCUUGAGCUUGUUACUCCAUGGUGUUCACUGGCCACGGCAAGGCGCUAUCCUUCUGACGACCAGCAGCGAGAAGUUUGACGGCAUUUUUGGCCUUCCCCAUCUGGCACCAGGACCCAACUUCUUCCAUACCGGCCAGCAUUUGCUGAAUCAAACGCUGGGCAAGAUCAUCGAAGCCAGAGAGAAGAGUAAAUAUGGCUUCCCAGGCAACCCAUGGGGCUCAAGGAUGGAGGAAGAUGACGGCUACCCUGCACAAUGCGAGUAUGUCAUGUACCUCCAACUACAUCCGUUCGAGAUCACCCGUCGGUAUGACACUUUGCUCGAAUCUUACAUCGAGGAGCUUGAGCGCGAGUUACGCCAUCCCACAGGAGCGCCCAUCGGCAGAAUCCCCGAUCUGCGUGCGUCCAUGGUGGCUUGGUCUCCUGACUGCUCGUUUUUCCUAGAGUCCAAGGGCCCGCCAGAGUUCCCUUCAGUCGACGGACAACAUCUUGUCGGUAUGAAGGAGGACAUGUUCACCUACACCGCGAAAGAAUGGCUGAUUGCAUUCGCUGCCGUCGUUCUGGGUCAGAUAUGGCUCUUCAAGGCACAGAUGAAACAGUCGAGUACGCCGUCUACUACCGGUCGGGUGAGCUUCUGGACUGUAGGCACCAUGCUCUUUGCCGAUGGCAUGAUCUUUAUUGCUGUUUGUGCCUGGAGUCUGAACGCGACAAUCACACUUCUGCCCUGCUUGCUCGUCACAUUUGCGGCCUUCAUAUCCAUGUUUAUCGAAGGCGCAUUUUUGUCAGAGGUCUGGAAGAUUCAAGAGCCAGAGAGGAGGAUUCGUGACCGCGAAAGAGAACAAGCCGCUGCUGCGAACCGCAACGUCUCAUCAGGGGCAGCAUCGACAACAACGUUGCCAUCCACUCAACCCUCCAUCAGUCAACCUCAGCCACCCACAGCACAACCAACUGCUCCUCCCAGCGCCCCCGCUCAGCCUCGUCAACCCAUCAUCGUCCCUUCAGACGGCGAUAUCGACGAAGCCGAACAACUAGCCAACCUCCUCUCCGGUGCCUCUGCCCUCCCUCUCCCCGCCACCGCUCGAACUCCCGGUCAACCAGCACCCACAAACGAACCCCGUCCACCAACCCACUUCAGCGCCAUAAUUGGCCGCUUCGUCCUAUCCGGCCUCUUCCUCCUCUUCCUCUCCGCCGUCGCCACCUCCUGGCCCUCACACAUUCGCUCCCUAUACGUGAACACCCUCUCCUUUCUGUAUCUCAGUCUCUGGGUGCCGCAAAUCAUCCGCAAUACGCAACGCAAUUCCCGACAAGCUUUCACCUGGCGCUUCAUGAUCGGGCAAUCUGUUCUAAGAUUACUUCCCUUUGCGUAUUUCUUCCUAAGGGAAGAUAACGUCCUGCUAGCUGACCCCGACCCCUACGCUUUCCUCGUGUUGGUGGGCUGGGUGUGGAUCCAGCUCUGGGUUAUGUGUACCCAGUCGGUACUAGGACCGAGGUUCGGAGUGCCGAGGGGAUGGGUAAGAGAAGCGUGGGAUUAUCAUCCUGUAUUGAGGGAUGAUGAUCUAGAGGGCGGUAAGGUUGGGUCAUUGCCGAUUGGACUGGCGAGGACUGGCACCGGUCUGUCCACAACAACGACGGCUUCUGCGUCGUCCCCAGUUGAAGAGAGAGGGGGCGGGAGCGGGAGCGGGAGCGGGAGAGAUAGGGAUAGGGAGUGGAGUGUGGUUUCUUUGACUGGCACGGCUUCAACUACAGAGGCAGGCGAAAGUAGUGCUGGUGGAGGAACCACCACGGGCAACCGUGAACGUGAAAAAGAAAAAGAACGAGAAAAACAAAAGGGCGUCACCAUGCGCUCAGUCGACUGCGCUAUUUGUCGCGAGUUAUUGGAGGUGCCCGUGUUUAACAAUAACAACAACAACAACAAAGCUGGCUCCUUCUUCUCCUCCUCCUCGGAAUCAUCAUCAUCAGCAGUAGCAGCAGCUUCUUCGGGCAUGGCGGGCAUCACGGGCGUGUUUGCGAGAAAGGCAUACAUGGUUACGCCGUGCAGACAUAUUUUCCAUACGGAUUGCUUGGAAGGGUGGAUGAAGUAUCGGUUGCAGUGUCCCAUUUGUAGAGAGGAGUUGCCGCCUUUGUAG